GCCAUGAAUACUAUUUUAAUGCGAGAAAUAUAGGUGGAUGAAAUAAAACGGUUAUUAAAUGCUGUAACGAAGGUCGUUUAUUUUCCUUCUUUUAUUAAACACUAAUUAAGCUGAGUUACUUGUACUAGUAAUUAGUAGUAGUUGUAGGAACCUCACCUAACAAAACUCAGCAAUGGCAGCAACUCACAGACUCGCUUUGAUCAUCGAAAAUCCUUCAAACCACAACGAGUUUCUGCUUGCUAAACAGUCACGUCCUCCCAAAUUCAACGAUGAAGAAUACGACUCUUUCGUCGAUUCCGAUCUCUGGGACUUGCCUUCUGUGCACUUGAAUCCACUUCAACCAGAUUCGGAACCCACCGUCGAAGUCAACAUUUCCGCCUCACUUUCUGAGGAGUUCAAUUUCAAUGAAUUCGAUAUCCGUUCUGCUCUCGACAAGGUUUUUGGAGAAUUAGGGUCUGGGAUGGUUGAUAGGGGAGAGUGGAAGUUUCAUAAGUAUGUGAAAGAAGCUGCGUUCGGACCCGGUUUGCCUGUUAACACAGUCUUCAUUGUCGGAAAAUUGGUACCUGAGGACAGUGACUUGCCAGCUCUAUAUACAGAUUCAUAUAAAUGGAUGUCCAAUCAAAGCUGUCUUAACUGGCUUGUGGAAGUGAUUCCUCAUAGUGAUCGUGUUGGACCAUUGGUAGUUACUGGUCUUAUAAAUGACACGUCUGUGUCUGCAAAAUUUAAAGUCCCUUCAGCCAUCAACUACCAGGAGUACCCGACUGGUGUUAUAAUUAUUCCUAUGGGAAGUAGGACAGGAAAGCCUUUUCACACUACAAACUUGGUGGUGUUUGCACCUGAGAAUGUUACAAAUGCUUCCAAGGAUAAUAAAUUUAUUGCUUGUGGAGAUGCACUAAUAGUUGAUCCGGGAUGUCUGUCAGAAUUCCAUGGAGAGCUAGAGAAAGUUGUUACUGCUUUGCCAAGAAGACUAGUGGUCUUUAUCACCCAUCAUCACCAUGACCAUGUAGAUGGUCUCGCAAUUAUACAGAAGUGCAACCCUGAUGCUAUUUUGUUAGCGCACGAGAAUACCAUGCGACGCAUAAGUAAAGAUGAUUGGUCACUCGGAUAUACCUCGGUUGCUGGAGAUGAAGACAUUUACAUAGGCGGUCAGAAAUUGAAAGUUAUUUUUGCACCGGGACAUACAGAUGGCCAUAUGGCAUUGCUUCAUGUGAAUACACAUUCCUUAAUUGUAGGUGAUCAUUGUGUGGGUCAGGGAAGUGCUGUCUUGGACAUAAGUUCUGGUGGAAAUAUGUCUGAAUACUUCCAAACCACGUACAAAUUUCUGGAGCUUUCACCACAUGCUUUGAUACCUAUGCAUGGGAGAGUUAAUGUCUGGCCAAAACAGAUGUUGUGCGAAUAUCUAAAGAAUCGUAGGAAUAGAGAAGCUAAUAUCUUAAAAGCUAUUGAAGGGGGAGCAAAAACGUUGUUUGACAUUGUUGCAUAUGUAUAUUCUGAUGUUGACCGACGUGUCUGGUUUUUUGCAUCAUCAAAUGUGAGGCUCCAUGUGGAUUGUCUGGCCCAGCAACAUAAAUUACCAAAGGAUUUCUCUCUAGAAACUUUCAAUUCCAGUUUGGUUGCAUUUGCUGACAGCUUGGGUAAAUUAUAGAUGUUUACAGAUGCACUGACUAGCUCACUGACUACCCUCUUCCAUUACAUUUUAUCUGAGAAUAUCUGUAGCUCUAUCCUCCAAGUUCAUUGUUUGCACCGAAAUAGCCCUGUAUAACAGGGACUGUAUGCAAUAGUUGUGUAAAAUAUAUAGCUUGUAGAGAGGAUUUGCUUGUGAGAUUGGAUGUUAUCUUAUCGAAACUGACUGAACAUGCUGCGUCUACCUUAGGAUUUUUCAAUCCGGAAUUUCAAUAAUACCUGUGGGCUGCAUUUUCUAUCUCGAUGGAUAUGGGGUUACACUAGUUGCAGCUUAAGUCAAAGGAAAUCUUCAUUUCUUAUUGCUGGUGUUCUAGUUGGCAUUGCUGUAUUGGUGCAUUGUACUACCAAAACCAAGUUCAGGAAAUAGACAUGUUUGCCUAUCUGAGUUAGAGUUUAAAUGGAGAUUUUAUAUAAUAUGAUAUGAUGCUACUGGAUUUGUACUUAGAAACUUCAGAGGUGCUUGAACUGUUUCGUAGGGAGUUUGUUAUCAAUUUACUGGAAAGUAAUUUUAUUAUUAUGAUUACUGGUGCAAUUUGAAUGAAUAGAGUACAAAUGUUGGUCUACUGUGUACUCCAUAUUUGUAUGUUUGUGAUAAUUGAAUAACAUCCGGUGGGCAUCCCAACUUUUGCUAA